AAUCUGACUUUGAUUAUGCCUUUUUGUAACCAACAGGCCGAAGGAGAGGACAGUCUGAAGAAGAUGCAGCUGAUGGAGCUGGCCAUUCUCAACGGCACCUACAGAGACGCCAAUAUCAAAUCACCUGCCCUUGCAUUCUCUCUUGCAGCGAGUGCCCAGGCGCCUCGGAUCAUCACCGGCCCUGCACCUGUCCUGCCACCCACAGCUCUGCGCACGCCUACGCCUGCGGGACCCACCAUCAUGCCUCUCAUCCGCCAGAUCCAGACCGUCAUGCCCAACGGCACGGCCCACCCUGCCACCGCCACCCUAGUGCCGCCCGGUCCAGAGUCGGGCUUGAUUUACGCCACGCCCUACGAGUACCCCUACACGCUGGCACCCGCCACCUCCAUCCUGGAGUAUCCCAUCGACUCCAGCGGGGUGUUAGCGUCCUCAAAGGCCGAAGAGCUGCCCCUGUACCUGGGCUUUCAGACCUGUCACAUUCCCAUCACAGUCCAGCGCGGAGAGCCAACUGGUCGGCCUCCCUUUUAAAGUUUCUUUUCCCCACCCCCUUUCAACAAGCCCCUCCCCCUCACUGCAGACACGCCCCCUGCCCUGACUCCCACUUAUCGGACUGGCUGGACUCCCCCGGCCUCCUUCAUUCUGUCUGCUUUCAUUCGGUUUUGUAUUUUUGUUUUCUGUAAUGUGAUGGUUGUUUUUGUUUUAUGUGUGUAUAAUGAUGAGGGAGACAAAGCACUGAGCCCCAAACUGCUGCACAAGCCUUUCUGAAUGAGCCCAUGGAGGAGGGCAACAUGAGGAUGGUGAGGGGACGGUGGGGCUCCUUAAAUUGGGAUGACAGAAAACAGGAAUCUGUUAAAAGCCAGAAUGUUUACAGAGCAGUUUUAGGACAGUUUAAUGUGUUAUGGUGGGGGGGGGAAGAUAGCAUGGUCUCAUUAUAUAAUCGUUUAGAACAAUAAUCUCUUUCUGCAGGAUUAAUCAAGCUUAAUAGUGAAUGUCACAGUCAUAUAGUUUAACCCAAAAUUGAAAGAAGAUAUUAAAAAUAUCCUAGCAGGCACAGCACGUCAACAUGACAUCAGAUUCAUGUUGUACCUCAACUUUGUGGGACUUCAGACGUCAGAACCCAACGUCAGUGUCCAAUGUACAACCUAAAAUCAACCAAAUAUCAAUGUCUAAUGAUGUUAUAGCUGGACGUUGUGUGGACGUUACUACU